GUUGAUUUUCGACAGUACUAGCAUACUGAGGUGCGUCCAUCGUUGUGACGGCUACGAAGAAAUUGAAUCGCGCGUCUGUUUGUCUGUCUGUCCGCCCGCCUGCCUGUCUCACUGAAUGUCUAGUCUUGUUGUCGAUUACUGUCAUCUUUUGCUUUCCAUCUCUGCCUCAGUAAGUGACGUUGUGGGUUGUACUUGUAUAUCAAGUCGAAUUUUAUACGCGAGCGGAAAAUUCUAACUUAAUAGUUACACUAACUUCGUUGUCGGAAAAGAACGAUAGCGCUCAUAACAAUAGCAAUAGCAAAUAGCAAAUAAAGAAAUAACAAACACAAAAACAACAAAUGUAAAAUGUAUCAACGACAGUUAGAUCACGGAAAGUAAAAGAAGGGACGAAGCAAAACGAAAAGAGUAAAAUAAUAUCAAAUUAAGAAGUUUUCUUUCUGUCACUCAGCCAACAAACCAACGCCUGCUGCCUGUUCAAACCGAGGUUCUGAGCCCAACCAAAGGGUCGCAACACUAAACGCUUUUUGCCAGCAGUAGCUACGACGCUAUUGUCGGUUGUCGGCGGCCACACAUCUGCUUCUGCACUACCUUCACCUCCACCUCCAUCUCCAUUUAUCCAUUAUUAAAUAUUUUACUCUAUGCUCAGCAGUAAAAACAAAUCUACAUUGCAAUUGCUGUAAUAAUCGUUCCGAAGCGCUACUGUCUACCACGACGACGAUGGGGCAAAGCCUUUAAUCGACGACGAACAGCGGUUGGAGCAUACAAACAAUAAUAACUACGUGCAACAACAAGCAAAGCGUUGACGAACGAACGUACGAAUACAGUUUACAGAAAAGGCGUCACCGUGUUUGCCACACUCAGCGCGAGACAGUCGCUGUGACAAGAACACAGCAGCAACGCCAAAAAGAAAGCGACCAUAGCAGCAGCUUCCGAAGUAGUAGGAGAACCAGUAGCACGACCAGCACAUUAGUACCAACAACUAGCAAUCAAGUAUUAAAACAGCAGACAACAGUGACCAAGCUACAUACCAUUCGAGCACAAGGCUACUAGCUUAGCCAGCGAAAGACGAGGCUGGCGUCGACCACUACCAUUUUGACCACUGAUAAGAACGAACGACCAACGCGCACUUAGCAACACAGCAGACGCACAUAAACGAAUAAACUAAGUUUAAGGGAAUCAAAGAGGAAUACUAUCAGGGAGUUGCCUAGAGCGCAUUCACCAGUGUGAGCUUAUUAAGAAGGAAGCAUAAAAAACACUUGACGAUUCGCUUGUUAAUUCUUCGAGUUUUCACCUAUUCUAUACCCGAAACCCGAUACUUCCGUGUUAUCAGUCUUCACAUUUUUGUGAUAAACCAGUGCUUAAUUAUCAGUAUCAGUUGUUGACUCGUGUGUGGGGUACUUUAACUUCCGCAUCCGACGAUCACAAACAAAAAAAAAACGGAGUUGGUCACUGAAAAAUCACUAUUUUUUUUGCGAUACGUCCCCUAUCGCCCGCAGACAGUUUGUCGUCGUGGUUAUUAUCGAUGCUUUUCAAAUAGUGACAUCAUUUGCACACAAAACGAAAAAAUAUAAAUUAAUAUAAAAAUUAUAUUCACAGAAACUACUAAUUUUUUAUUAAAGACGACAACUUUUUAAAGAAUUUCGCUCGAAAACUAAAAAUUAUCAACAAUUAAAUAAAAUGUGCCAUUUACUAAGCUGAAAAUAUUUUAAAGUGAGCGACGACAGUAUUUUCGUUAAAAGAGCGACUAGCGACAACAAUAUACGAAAAGCCUGAAGUAGACAGUAAAGCUGCCAAAGAUGUUCUCCAUGUGUUCCAAAGUGAAGCCACGAAACUCAUCGGUGAAUACACAACAACCAACGGGUACUGUUGGGAAACAGAUCAAAGGAGGCUACUUGUUGCGAUACAAAAAACAACUGCUAUGGAAUCGUUGGGCCGAGGAAUGGGUUGUGCUGUACGAUGAUUCGACAAUGGCUUGGUUUACGGAACCUGGGAGAUCAUCGCCAGCUGGUAAGAUAUUAGUCAAAGAGGCCCCGGAGAUGCUGGCCAUUGCACACUGGACUGGGCAAAUACCACGACGCCCACCAUUGCCCGAAGGUUGCAGUGUGUCACAGCUGAUUGCGUUGGGCUCGAGAAGAAAACGUUCCAAAGUAUAUUGGAUGCUAGCUAAAUCGGAACAGGAAGUCAGUGAAUGGGUUGACGCCAUAACUAAGACGCUGCCUCCGCCACCACAAAUUGAACUCGUAGUUGACAAGCCGCAUCUUAUGAAUGUCCUACGUCGACCGUUGGUGCGCAUACGGCCGGCCACUACGUCUGAAGUGAAACAACGCAAAGUUUUGGCGCACAGAAGCAGCAACGCUCAUCCUGCUUUGGCCCACCAUCGCACAUUCUACGUACAGAAUCCGUUGGUGAAGAGUGACGCCGCCGUAGCUGUGUUGAGUAAAAAGCCCGACUCGAAGCCGGCAUUGACCUGCGCAUUACCGUGGGGACACGGUUGGGGUUGGGCCACUUUGCCGAAUGGUGUUUGGAGUGGCGGUUUGACUUGGUCGCAGUGUGAGGACACUUUUACCCUACACGCACUGCCCACCACGCACUGCACCAAUCUUGUGGACACGUCUUGUAGUGGCGCCGUCUACCACACCGAUAUUGGCGGCUUCGAUUUCCAUUCGACAGGCGUGGAAGAUCUCGGCGGUGAGGACUUUGACUACGCCAUGGAUUGUGGGGACUUCAUAUUUUAAGCGCGAAUAACGCGAAUGAGCCCACAAAAAGCAAUAUAGUAUGAGGAGCAAGAGGAAGCGGAAGAGUAGGAGGAAGAGAAAAAUGAUCAACAGAAAGGAGUAAAAUAUUAUAGAAUGAAAAAUUUGAAAAGAGUUAUAACCACCCCACCCUAGAAAGUGAGUGCAAAGGCACUCGAACGCUUAUAAGUUAAAUAAAUUUAGAUUUUCAUAAGGGCUCAAGAAACGUAAAAAGGACUCACCUUCCACUUUGAAAUAUUUUCACACUUUCGCUGCACACGAGUCAAGAAUGAGCCAAACUGCAAAAGAAAAAUAAUUAAAAAAAAAUAUAUAUAUAUAGAUAUAGAAAUAUUGAAUUAAAUGUUAACUAAAAUUACGGGUAAUACGAGAACGAAUUUCAGUUGGGUUCUCAACUGCGAGACAAUUUAGAUUUUUUGCAUUUUAUAAACGCCUUCGUUUAAGCGAACCAACCUGCGAGUGGAAUGCGGCGAACUUGAUAACUUACUAGCCAAAAUACAAAUAAGAGUAUUUCAAUGGAUUUCAUAAGAUGCCAAAUUUUUGUAAGACGCCACAAAAAAGGGCAGCAGGGACAAACAAAAAACACUGACCCUCAUUUAGGCGCCGGGAGCACCUAAGGGACGUGAAGCUGGGAAUUAGUAUUACUUAAUGUGUAUAUUGUAGGGAUGUUUACACACGACGUCGUCAUAGCUGUAGUUGAAAUUAACCAAUCAUAGCGCAUACUUGAAAACCAAGUAAAACAAAACAGAAAUAAAAAAAGAAAACAAGCAAAAGAAAAAAUGAAAGCCCAAAAAAUAGUAGUGCAUUGGCUAGAUCAAGCAUUUUCAGCAGAUAGAAAAUAUUUAUUUUCAUGUGUAUAUGUAUUAUGUGUGUGAGAAACACAGAGCGAACACAAAGAAUUUAGAAACAGUAGUAAAGUUUGCAAAAAAUUAAAAAAAAAAAUACUAAAAAAAUAAUUACGUGGUAUAUUAUAAAAGUUACCAAACAUAUAGCAAAAAAAAAAAAGAAACUCAUUGAUCUGCCAAAUAAUUUUGAAAGAUAUAAAAAGUGGGUGAUGUAUUGAAAUGAAUAAAAAACACAAAGAAAUCGUUGUACACAAGGAAACGCCACCAAGCAACAAUGCGAAAUAUGAGCAACAUUUAAUUGACAAUGCAAAGUUUUUUGAGAUGCCGAAUUGAUUAUAGAUUUUUUAAAUGAUUUUUCGAUUUUUUACUGUUUUUACGUACCGAGAGAUAAAAUUAUUAAUAAAACAUACAAAAAGAAAACCAAUUGAAAAAAGUAAAAAAACAACUAGUUUUAGUGAAAAAAAUUGGCAAACCACGAGCAACAUGCUGGUAAUGUUCUCCGUUAAAAUGUAAAACCAAUUGUCAAAUUUACAUAGUAUAUAGCGAUAAAUAUGUAUGUAUGUAGUAGACAUGAUGAGCAAAUAAGAAACAAAACAAAAAAAAAAUGUUUGUAUGUAGAAAAAAAGAAACAAUAUAAAUUAUUAUGAAUUUCAAGCACACGGCGAGCAACAAAAGCGCAAAAUAACUGCAAAACAUUUAUGUGAGGUUAAAGCAAAAUAAAUGAACAGCAUAUGAAAUAAUUAGGGAGUAAGCAAACCAAACAAGCAACAACAUAUACAUACAUUCAUCUAUAAAAAUAUAACUCAGCAACCAUAACUAGUGUUCCCGAGCACUCGAACAUAAAAAAGUGUAUACAAAGAAAAUGAAACUUAUGUAUAAAUCCACCAACCACGAACGCCAACCAGCCAACCAAAACACCAAUUCGUGGCAGGACGAUAGUACGCAAAAUAUCAACAAUCAUUGCUCGUAUGUACUAUCAAACAACAGCAAAAAAAAUGUCUCCACGCAAACAGUUAAUAACUUGAAAAAAAAAUGCAACAAAAAGAAAACAUAAUUGGUGAUUGGUUGACGGCUGAUGAUCGCCCGCAACUAGUGUUCCUUCCUACACCAAAUAACCUCAAAAGCACCAGCAGCACAGACGCAGAUUUCUUGGCAAGUCGCAGUGUUUCAGCGCAAGCACCGAUAAUGACACAACGGAAAUCACAAGAGCGUACGAAAUUUAAGUAAUCACAAAAGGUUACACAGUCACUUGUAUUACAUAGAAACAUUUCAACAUUUCAGUACACAGAAUUUUUACCCCUUUGCGUAUGCAAGACAUUUUUUUACUCACCCAAACGCCUUAACUGGCUCUCAGGCUCUAUGUUGUAUUCGUUUAAAUGCACUUGUAUCAAUACGAAUUCGGAAAUCUUAUGGCAAUGAAGAGAAAAAUUCGACAGUAAACGACACAAAAUGCAGGUUAAAUAAAAAUAAAUGAUUGGCGCAUACACUUAUGUCAAGCGUUUGGCUGUGUUUGACCAUACCACGCUGAAAACAUCGGUCUCGUUCGAUCACCGAAAUUAAGCAGCGUCGAGCGUGGUUGGGGGACCGCUUGAGAACACCACUUGUUGUUGACCUAUAACAACAAAGUGGCCAACAAUAAAAUUUGACUCACAUAACGACUGUUGGGGAAUACAUAAAAUCAGGUGUGCAUAUAAUGUUAAAAUUAUGAAUGCAUUGUGAAGUGCACAAUUGAUUUGUAGUUCGGUUGAAGAGCAAUGUGAGACCUAAAAUCUGAAAUGUUGGUAUUCUUAAGUGGUAGUAAAACCCCAACUAAGAUUUUGCUCCACUUCAUCCCGAUUGGUUUUUACAGUUUAAAUAAACUUUUUCCAUAAAUUUUGUUCAAAUCCUUUAUUUAAGUAACUGACUUCAAAUUAAAAAAAAAAAAAAAGAAGAAAAAUGACAUGUUAAAUUUAAGACAAUAUGAAUUUGUAUACAUACAUAUAUAUUAUGUUAGUGUAUUCUCUCUUUACUACAGAGUCGCAUUGGAAUCGGAUUUAUUUUCAACAAAUUUAAUGUUAAAAUUAAUGGUAAUAUUUUCAGCGGCCUAGAGUAAAAUUUAGCGAGGGAUUUUUGCGGAACAUUUCAAUCCACACACGAGCCCAACUUGUAUCGAUCUUCUUCAUCAUUUUUGAGCAGAAAUUCUAGAAAGUUUAUUAAAAUGUCAGGAAUAUUUUAUUUAUUUAUAAAACUGGCUUAAAGAGUAAAUAUGACAAACUACAUAUAUUGCAGAAUACGGCAAUAGCAUCGGGACUUAAAAUGUUCUGCAAAAAAAAUGUAUAUCUACAAAAAAUGUUAUUUGGGAUCACCGAUUCUGAAAAACUUCAGUAAAUGAAUGUUUAAAUUUGAAGAAUUUCCACAUUUCCUCUUUGAAUUGUAAAAUGAUAUUGUAUAAAAAUAAUAUUACUCGUUUUUGAGUUUCUGUAAUUUAUUUUUUGUUGUGGCCGACACUUCAACCGAACGGACCUUUUGUGUCCUAUAAGCCUACGAAAAAUAUUUCGAUCAAAAGCUGAUAUGCUUAUUUUUGCAUGACACCAGUUUGAAAACCCCAUACACCUUUUGACUUACAGACAUACCGCACAAACUGCUAGAUCUGCCAUAACCAAGUUUGGUGCACAAAUUUCUUGAUUAAACUCAUCUCUAAAUAAUAAAUAUUUUCAAAUUAUUUUCUCAACCGUUCAACCAUAACUUCAAACAUGAGAUGAGUGCUUCUACUGUGGUCUAAGUUCGGAUUUGAUUUUUUUUUUUCAAAGUAAUGCAAUGCACAUUUAAAAUAUCUCUACAGUAAGGUAUGGCAUGUCAUCAUGAAUCGUUUAACCCCAUAACAACGCUUAGAAAUUGUGAAAGUUUACUUUGAAGAAAAUAAAUAAAUCUGUUCACGAAGCUCAUGGUAGAUCGUACCAGGUCUCCCAAUAUGCGGUACGAACUUUUAAAUACUCUUCUUCCACCUUCAUUAAUACCAGAAAAGUUAGUUAUUAACGAAAAUAUGUAAAAAAUUUAAUGUGUAUAUGAAAAAUAGGGGUGAUUAUUUAAUCGUGGCAAAUUUAGAGAAAGAUACCUGAAAAUAUCAGAACAAGGCUUAAUAAGAUGUUUUUUUACGAACUCCUGAAUUUUGUUGAGAGCAACUACGAACCUCAUACUCACCUUACGUUUUAUAUAAUAUUAUAUGUGUCAGUCUGUAUGUGUACAUAUCUGCACAUGUGUGAGUUUUAACGCUCUCCUGAUCUACAUACUCUCAUCUAAAUCACGGCUAAUUGAAAAUGAGUGUAGAAAAUAAAUUCCUUCACAAUUGUCAAUUAAGCCUUGCAAAACACAUUAUAAAGAAAAAAAAUUAAGCGGAAAUAAAAUAUAUAUAAAUAUGUUUUAACAAAAAAAUAAUAAAAACAAAAAACUAUUGUACCAAAACACCAAAAAACCAAACACAACCACACGAAAAAAAGCCGACCACAAACCAAAACAAAUAAAUCGUCUUUGUGUUUAAACAUGCAUAGGCAUAUGUAUGUAAAUGAGAUAGAAUGAAGGAAAAUCAGAAAAAUCAACAAAAUUUUAACUUAAUAACAAAAUUACAGCGGAAAAUUUGAAUAAAGAAGCUAAUGCAAUAGUUAAGAAAGCAUAAUAAAAAUAAUAAUAACGAGAAAAAAUAAAAAUAAAAUAUUUUCGACUCAUAUCGUAUAUCAAACAGGAAACUGACUUCGAGGACAUAUUAUAUGAACUUGUAAUAGCAGAGACAAGUUAAGGAAUAACGCAAUCAACACUUGAAAUUCACACAGCACAAUUUUUCCAUAAUUAAAAAAUAUUGUUGCCUUCGCUGAGCACAAAACGAAAAUACAGACAAAAACCAAAAAAAAAACAAAAACCAAAAGUCAAAUGAAAAACAUUUAACAAAAAUUGUUCCAAAAGGACGAGAGUACCAUGCAUAGGGUUUUCUAAUAGGGACUUCUCGGUGUUUACAGGUGUUUACAAUUUUAUUACGUACAAGGUGGCGUAAAAUUAAUCAUCGGUUUUGUUUUUGAAUAACUUUUUACUAAAUAAAAAACAAAACAUAAUUUUGUGUGUUGGAAAUCUUUAUUUUGAGUUUAACACGUUCCACUAUUUGCCCAUUUGUAUACUGCGCAGUUUAUGUUGUUCACAAGUACCAACUAUGAUAGACGUACGAUGCCAUUUGCAAAAAGUAUACCUUUUUCGGUAGUGUAAUUAAUUUUGCGCCACCUUGUAUGAGUGCUAGACUUUUUCUUUUCGGAUUUUCUCGUAUAGUAGGUCCAUGCCAAUGAGCCACAAUCGCCCGAUGCCUUCAAAGUAAAAAUAACUCAGGCCAUUUCUCUACGUGAGACGGGUCUGUGUACCGAAUUCAGUGAAAAUGGGCCCCUAGAAUCUGUACCCUUCGUGCGGGUAUUUCAACAAUGUCAUAUCCCAUACAUAAUAUUCGUAGCAUAUCUUCUUCUUAAUUGGCGCGAUAACCGCUUAAGCGAUUUUGGCCCAGUUU